AUGUCUUUUACGUUUGUUGUUGAUGAGGAGGCCUUGGUUGAAAAGUUGGCCUUUGAUUUGGACAUUGAUUUCUGCAUUGCCUCCUUCUUAUAUCAUCGGGUAACAGUCCGUCGGAUGGUGCAACUUCGUGCAUAUCCCACAUCUCUUGUUACCUCAGAUUUUCCUGCAAUAAGUGAAGGCAAGGUCCUGUUGAUUGUCAAUGUUGCAUCUCAAUGUGGCUUGACCAAUUCCAACUACACUGAGCUGAGUAAAUUGUAUGAGAAAUAUAAAGAUCAAGGUUUUGAGAUUCUUGCAUUUCCAUGUAACCAGUUUGGAGGUCAGGAGCCUGGGAACAAUGAGCAAAUCUUAGAGUUUGCUUGCACUCGCUUUAAAGCCGAAUACCCCAUAUUUGAUCAGGUCGAUGUGAAUGGUGAAAAGGCUGCUCCCAUAUACAAAUUCCUGAAGCCUAGCAAUGGUGGACUUUUCGGGGACAGCAUCAAGUGGAAUUUCUCCAAGUUCCUGGUUGAUAAGGAGGGAAAUGUCGUCGAUCGAUAUUCUCCCACUACUUCUCCUCUUAGCAUUGAGAAGGAUAUAAAGAAACUGUUGGCCUGAAUUCUAUGACUGGAGGAGGUUACCUGAACACCUCAGAGACUCGAUAAACUUGGAUAUACUUUUUAUGAAUAAAAAGACUAUUCUCUCUCUGUUUAUAUUUCCUCAUCUCCUAAUGAUGGGUUAGACUGCCCUGCAUU